AUGCCUAUCUCUCUGCGCGAUCCGCAACCUUCGUCGCCAGAUGGAUGGAAAAAAUACUCCGAGGCUGUGGGAAUAAAGGAAAUUCCCAUGCAGACGUAUGAGCUGCUGGAAAAAGAAGCCAGAAGAUGGACAAAACGAAGCAUUUAUUGGGAGUAUCCAAAGACUCCUAUUCCUGAAGUGGACUUUGUAAGAGUUGUUGCCGAUGUGAUAUGCUUUCAAGGGGAGGUUUUGGUCGAUCUGUCGAAAUCUAAGAUCUCUCUGCUUCAUGCAAGAGUGGUGACUGCUACCUCGAAAAUCAAUCUCAGAUUCAAACCCGACACGGAGCAUGCCUGUAUCUUCGUCAUUUAUGCCUCAGCCCUUGAUAAGCCAAUAUCCUUUUCCGUUGAAGGGGAAGAUGGGACAGAGGACCUUCAAUUGGGACCUCAAUUUUCUCCGCAUGUGGGCGUUGAGAUAUCAUUCAAAAAAGGGUCGGCAAAGCCUGAGGUGCAUUACGUCGAAGAUUAUACCGGAAUUGAACCGUCUGACCAGUUUCAGAGCAACCUGGAAACUCAACUGCGUAUCGCAUCAGUGUUAUUCUGGAAAUACUCAACCAUUGCACUCUCGCAGGCCGCAUAUGUUGCGCAAGCAACAUCACAAACUAAAUCUCAGGCGUUUCUAAAUCUCCAAGCCGCAUCCAUUGGUCAACAACUAGCCGCAAAAGAAGUUACUGGGCCUGACAUGAGCUAUGCACCCGUUUUAAGCUUCGACUUGUACUACAAAACAACAGAAGCUCUGAUAAAUGCCGCGGACGGGUUCGAGCAGCAAUACCAACUUGUUCAGAAUAAGGCAGAAGAAAUUGAAGACCGCCUGAAGGCGUGGGAUUUGGCCGCUAAACAUGCGGAAAACGUAGCAGAUAUGCGUCGCACGUUUGUGCAGGCAGCGCUAGAGAAAUACAAUCAAUCUGCAAAGAUUGUCGAUACUCUCAAAGGACAAUUCGAAGAUGACAAGUUUACCCUCCGUAAUGCGAGAUCAGCCUUUGUUCUUGGAAUUGAAGAGUGGAAAGAUGCGAUGAAAUUCAAAGCGGCCUUUGCGUUAAUCACGGCGGUUAUCGAUUUUGCUGUAGCCAUUGGAACGAUAUGUAGCGGAGCCGGUUCACCAGCAGGUGAUGUGAAAAAAACAGUCGAAGCUGUUGAAGAAGCUGAAAAAGACAUAAAAGCCGUUGGCAGCUUGCUGAAAUCCAAUACCCUCAAAGACCUGUUCAAAGCCUUGGGCCCGAUAUUUAAACUAUUUCCCACCGUCAAAACGGCAAUAACUUCAAUUGAAGAGCUCAUCAAGAACCCAAAAGCUGGCGUCGACGAGAUUAGUGAUGUCAUCGGAGGAGCCGCAGAUGCAUCGGCUAUCAUUUCUUUGGGAGCGUGGGACAAAUGGACGCUUGAAUCCGACGCACAGCUAGCUUUUGCUGUGGAACAGGAUAUUAAGGGUGCAGCAGCAUACCGGCUAGAACUUCGAAAGCACGCCGUUAAUGGGAAGCAGCUCGUUCAAGCUCAGGCGGAGACCAUUAAAGCCGGCCAGGAGUAUAUUCAUUUACAACUUGAGUUGAAUCUUUGUAAACGCGAUAUUGAGGAUCUGAAAAAGUUCCGAGAGGAAUUUGAGAAGAAAAAGGCGCUCGAAGAGGAAGCUAUGGCCAAAUUUUAUGACCGAUUCAUGUCCAUACGGACUAGCAUUACACUGGUCAUGCGCAGUCUCAUGUGGGCCUACAAGUAUGCGGCAUUGGGGAACAGCUCUGUCGAGCUAGAUUGCCUCAAGGAUACUAACGAAUACAAGACUGAUCUUGCUACGCUCCAGCUAGAACUUACUCGCUAUAAAGAAAAGUACCCGGGGGGCUUUGAAAAACUGACACCCAUAUCUAAAGCUACUGUGGAUCUUCCUCCGCCUUUUUCAGCGCAGAUUGUCGCGUCACUGAAAACCGCACCGUAUUCCGCUAGUUUCACUCUGGCACCAUGCAAAUCUGAUACCCCUGAAAGUCAGAGUCUCGCUGGGCCGUUCGACGAUGCAUCUCACUUCAGAAUUACUGGCCUCCAUGUUUUCCUCGUUGGGGCUAAGCCCAAGGUAAUCAGCAUGGGAGAUAAUCACUCGCAGUACGAGCUUCGUAUCUCAACUUCCGGUGUAUACGCCGAUAUUGAAAACGACAAGAUAUUCCAAUUCACUAGCCCUCCUCUACUCAAUAAGCCGUUCGACUAUAGUGACGCUCCGGGGGGGAGGUAUCAUAUCGAAAGGGACUCGAUUGUAGAGUCAGAUGAAUAUAGCCAACCCACCCCAUUUACUAAGUGGACAAUCACGAUAAAGAACCCGGACUCACUGGAUUUAACCGGACUGACCGACGUUCGCUUGGAAUGGAGUGCUAAGGCAUACACACAAUCUGCCGCGAAAUAA